CUGGCUACUGUGGUUAACGUUAGCUAGGCUAACCCAAACUGUCAUAUUCGCCAGUAAACUGUACUGCUAGCAAGUUACUUUAAAACAAAGCUUACAGCAAUGGUCUUAAACGUAUGCCUAAUGCAUUAACUGAAAAUGUAAAUAUUAUCUAUCGUUUAAUUGUCCUUUACCUAUUCUUUCCAUUUCUCCACCGCAGAUGAAAGUCGGAAAUGGCCAAGUUUGGUGUGCGGGAAGUAGCUGGGUACAACAUGGUGGUGUUCCCAAGCUCCUUGACAGAGGAAGAGGAGUCUCUGCAGAAGAAAUAUGCCAAACUCAAGAAAAAGAAAAAGGCCCUGCUGGCUUUGAAGAAGCAGCAGAGUUCAACCAGCCAGACCAAUCAGAGUGGAUUGAAGCGCACUUUGUCAGACCAGCCUGUGCUAGAUACAGCGACAGCUACAGAGCAGGCGAAGAUGCUGAUCAAGUCUGGGGCCAUCAGUGCCAUCAAGUCAGAGAACAAGAACUCUGGCUUUAAGCGCUCUAGAACGCUAGAGAUCAAGCUCAAGGAUCCAGAGAAAGUCCCAGGCCCUGUGGCUUUCCAACCAUUCCAAAGGAGCAUGUCCACAGAUGAUGAGCUUUCUGAGGCUGGCAAAAGAGCCCACAGAAAAUCUCUGUACGAGAGCUUCAUCACUCCAGGCGACCGAGCAGCUCAUGAUGAGGAGGAGGGAGGCGGCCUGUCCACCAGCAAAGACCUAGAGCGAGAGAGAGACAGAGGAGACCGAGAGAUGGACAGAGAGAGAGAGCGUGACAGAGAGAGGGAGAGAGACCGGGGCAGCGGCGACCGGGGCAGGGACAGAGAGCUGCGAGACCGCGAGAGGAGCGACAGAGACAGGAGCCGGGACGGAGAGCGUGACCGGGAAAGGGGAGGAGAGAGAGAGUCACGCGAGCGAGACGGACCAUUCAGACGAUCAGACUCAUACCCGGAGCGGAGGGGGGUGAGGAAGGGGAACACGGUGUAUGUGUAUGGAACUGGCCUUGUGGAGGACAGCCUGCGCUUAGCCUUCUCCCAACAUGGCACCAUCAUUGACCUGUCCAUGGACUCCCAACGCAACUGUGCAUUCAUCACCUUUGAAAAGAUGGAGUCUGCAGACCAGGCUGUAGCAGAGUUGAAUGGAAGCACAGUGGGAGAUGUCCCCAUAAAAGUCAGCAUCGCUAGGAAGCAGCCGAUGCUGGAGGCAGCCACCGGCAAAUCUGUCUGGGCCACUCUGGCUGUGCAGAACAGUGCCAAAGGCUCCUACCGAGACAAGAGGAACCAGGUUGUGUACAGUGAGGAUUUCCUAUGAGCUGGAUGGGCGUGCUGCAUUGGAGAUCUGUAAGGAGUAGUCAUCAAUGAUUUAGUGUUAGCUUUGUUUGUAUGCUUUUUUUCUAUAUUGCAUUUUGAGUUUGUCAUUGAUUGCCUGUUAGCCCGAUACGGAACCACGUGUCAGUUGUUGAGUAGGUGCUACAGUUCUUUCUAUACAUGGCAAUGACCACGUGAAAAGAGAUUGUGGUUGGCAUGGUGGCCUGGUCUUGCUCUUGUAACCAGGGGAUUCAUUGUUUUGGGGAGCUCAAUAAAUCACUUCAAUACAUUUG